UGACUUCGAAGACUUCGCACCUGGAAGCCAUCAAUCCUCUCUCUCUCUCUCCCUCUCUCUCAAUCAAAAGAACUUCUCCUCGAUCGUGGCUCCAAUCGCACCGAUCUCCUCCACGAUUUGACCUGAUCGGACCCGAUCCGGAUGGAAAUCUCUCAUCUACGCCGCUGAUCAUAACCGUUCGUCUGCCACAUUCUCCAUUCGACGACGAAUUGCUGAAUUCCGUUCAUGGAAACGACGGACGUGUUUGGUUCGUCGACGGCCCCGCUGACGUGGCACGAUUUCCUGGAGCGGAUGCGGCAUCCCUCCGCGGCCGAUUUCGUCAAAUCCAUCAAGAGCUUCAUCGUGUCAUUUUCAAACAAUGCUCCUGACCCAGAGAAAGAUAGCGCUGCUGUACAGGAGUUCCUUGCCAAGAUGGAGGGGGCUUUUCGUGCUCACUCUCUUUGGGUUGGUUGUUCAGAGGAAGAGCUCGAGAGUGCUGGUGAGGGACUGGAGAAGUAUGUCAUGACAAAAUUAUUUACCCGUGCCUUCGCAUCACUUCCAGAAGAUGUAAAACGUGAUGAACAACUUUCUGAGAAGAUGUCUUUAGUACAACAAUUCAUCCAUCCGGAAAAUUUGGAUAUCAAGCCAUCCUUCCAAAAUGAAAGCUCAUGGUUGCUUGCACAGAAAGAGCUGCAGAAGAUCAAUAUGUACAAGGCACCAAGGGACAAACUUGUUUGUAUCUUGAAUUGUUGCAAGGUCAUCAACAACUUAUUGCUCAAUGCUUCAAUUGCAUCAAACAACAAUCCUCCUGGAGCAGAUGAAUUCCUUCCUGUACUUAUUUAUGUUACCAUAAAGGCAAACCCUCCACAAUUUCAUUCCAACCUGUUGUAUAUACAGCGGUACAGGCGUCAGUCACGAUUGGUUUCUGAAGCAGCAUAUUUCUUCACAAACAUCCUCUCCGCGGAGUCCUUCAUCUGGAACAUCGAUGCACAAUCCCUUUCGAUGGAUGACGCUGAGUUUGAAAACAACAUGAAAUCUGCUCGAGCACUUCUCUCCGGCCUGUCUGCCGAUCCAGGAACUCUCCCAAACCAGAGCGGUCAUGAUUCCAGGUUUCUUUCCAAACCAGAACCAAGGGAGCCCAAACUACAGUCGUCGAAAGCUAAGAAGGAAAGAAACAGUUCUCUGCCAGCAAUGGGACUUCAUCCUCCGCUGCCCCAAGCACCCCCAAAGGCAACCGAGAGCCAUUCAAUACCUAAGAGGCCCUCAAUCUCGGAUUUGGAGAAGAAAGGUGCUGCCCAUCUUCUUGAGGAGGAGGAUGUGGGUGGUUCUCUUCGGGAGUUCCCGUUCUUGUAUGCAAGUGUUGGCGAUCUAACGGUAGAUGACGUAGAAGGCCUACUCAAUAGUUACAAGCAGCUUGUUCUCAAGUACGUUUCACUCUCAAAAGGUUUGGGUAGAAGUACUCCAACCAUUCAGGUGCCGGUUGCAGAUGCAGAAAGCAACAAUACAACUGAAUCUGUGGAAGCAACUGCAGUGCAGAUUGGCAAUGAGAAGACAGUAGUGAUGAGUACAGAAGAUGGUUCUGAUGGAGGUCCGUUUGUUGAGACAUAUACUUCUGAAUCCAACUUACCUCCACGCGAACAGGAUAAACAUUCAGAUGGGGAGAAGGAUGAGGCCUACCCUUAGCCGCUGUUGUCGAGGUGGGUGUGAAAAACUCAUCAAUUUUCUACCAGCUGAGGCCUUCCUGAGGUCUGUUAACAAGCCAUGUAAAGUUUGCCAUGGUGGCGACUAAAAUGGUAUUUCAUGGAUACCCUGUUUUAGUUGUGCUAACUCCGUAUACAUGUAUGACCCAGCACAUGUGCCAACAUGGCAUGCCGGCGCGAGACGUGAACUGCCCAUGGGGUGGCUCCUACAGUGUAGAUGUCCCUGCCGGAAGAUCAGGUCAGUGCGCCAAUCGGUGGGCCACAGUUUAUGAAGGCUAUGAAGGGCUUUGAGAAACUUGUUUAGGGUUUUUUUUUUUUGGCUCUCAUUGCAGUCCCACUUUAUAAGCAGAUCCGCCCUAUUUUCUGGCAUGGGCAUCUACAUUGUGGGACCUACCUGGUGGAUGGCUUGGAUCUCAAACCUAUGGGCCAUGUUGAAUGUCUCUUUGUUAAGGGAGAGUUAUUGCUUGUUCUGUUUGGGGUCAGGGAAAUGAAACUAUGGAUUUGAUAAAUACAUCAGCUUGUCAAAUUCGAUUUGGACUUGGCAAAUCCCUGAGUCACGUUUGGUAAUUAAGUUAGGAAUCCUUGGAUUUUAGAGCAUUUAUUGCAAAGGAAAAUCUUUUACUGCUUUUAA